AUGGCGGAAGGAAAUCGCGAUAGCGAGCGUUGGAAUCGCAUGCUGACAUGGUUGAGAGAUGAACAUGGGAUGGAAAUGGGCGAAGAAGGCUUAUUUAUUGAAUCCAAAUCCACCGCCGGUAACUGUCUUUGGUUUUCGUCUCCUCUGAGCGUUAAAAUGCGUUCAUUCAAGAAUCAGGAAGAGGACUGUUUACGACAAGAGACUGUCCGCACUCAUUUGCAGCCUUCCGCGCAACUGCUCACGAUCCCUUCAACGGCUCUCAUCAAUGUCAAGACUCUCGCCUCUGUCUACACUUCACCAUACUCGUUGAAAGGUCUAACAGCUGUUCAACAAAUGUCUCUACAUCUCCUCAUGCACAGACCCGAGGGAGAGCACGAUUCUCUGGAUCCUGUUUUUGGGCCUUACCUGUCGACUUUACCACGAAAUUUUGAUAGCCACCCUCUUACAUGGAUCGUCAAGCUGAAGCGCACAGGUGCAAAGGCUUCAGAGAUGUCUAUGUUAGAAAGUCUGCCGCCGAGCGUAACACAAUCCCUGCGUAAACUGCAAGACCUAUUCUACGAAGAUUGGAAGGCUGUAAGCGGGCACUUAACACGCAACUCUAACUUGUUAAAGAAGUCAACUCGUCAGAUUACUGCUCUGCCUGCCUUCAAGCAUUACGAUGAUCUUAUAGAUUAUUCCUGGGCAUGGCUGAAUGUCAACACUCGCAGCAUCUACUAUCCUGUCCAAAAUCUCCCUUCCGGUAAUGAUAAUUUGACACUAUGUCCAAUUCUCGACUUUGCCAAUCACACAGACGGGCAGUCUCAAAUCAUCCCCAGAACCGAAAUUACUUCCACGCCCUCAUCUAUUGUGCCGCGGCGUCGCGAUGAUUAUACUUUCUUCUCAUGGACUAAUACUGUGAUUGGUCACGAUCAGGAGUUAUUCUUGAGGUACGGGGGUCAUGCGAAUCGAACACUUUUCGUGCAGUAUGGAUUUGUUUGCCCGUUUCCCCCGAAUGCCAUUGCGGAAGGCGACGUCCGUGGAGAGGUAGACGUGCAAGACUUGAUAGAGGAUAUUUUUGCGACAAGCGCGAUAGGAUCGUGGAUAAAGACAACACUAGAGGACUCGGGAUACUGGGGUGACUGGACACUUGACUCGUUGCCGCUACCGGCACAUCCGUCAUACCGUCUCAUUACAGCACUGCGACUGUUCCAUCUUGUAGCGAGAUUACCCGGUGCCCCUCCCUGCAAAUUAGAGGCAAAGAUCAAGCCCUGGAGAGAUGUUCUGAGUGGGAAACUCGAUAUCAUCGCCGAUGACAAUGAACAACAGUGGAGAGCCUCUCUUUUGGACAUUUGCGAGACUAUCGCGCGCCGCGCACGAGUUGGCAUGCGAGAUGCUGCGACGAGGUUACCGUAUAUGACUGGAUGGCCUGCGUGGAUGAAGAAUAACAUACAAACCUUGUGGAGAGAAGAGCUGGAGGUUGCUGAUGCUGUUGCACAUAGUAUACGCACAGGUGAAGAAUUCUAA